AUGGGGAGCAGUUACCCAAACACAGCCCAAGGGCUUCACAUCCUGAUCGCCGGUGCCGGCAUAGGAGGCUUGGCCGCAGCUACUGCUCUUCGCCAGCAAGGCCAUCGAGUAGAGCUGUUCGAGCGCUCCCGACUUGCAAAUGAAAUCGGGGCAGCCAUUCAUCUCACCCCAAACGCCAACGCAGCGUUGCUCAGACUAGGCAUCGACGGUGCCAAAUUUGGAGCCGUAGAAGCAGAACGGCAGCUACGGAUCUACACACCUAGCGGCGAGCCUCUGGCGGUUAUCGACAGCAAAGAAGAUGCGGCAAAGUGGAGACACAAAUGGUCUCUUGUACACCGAGCCCACCUUCACGAGGGCUUGAAAGUUGCCGCGGAGGCACCUGGGCCUGGUACUCCAGCGCAGUUGCACACCUCGAGCAAGAUCGUGGACAUCGAUCCGGAGAAUGCAACCCUCACCCUUGAGUCGGGUGAAACCUUCAAGGGCGAUGUCAUCAUCGGAGCAGAUGGCGUCCACUCGCUCGCCAGAUCGAGGCUGUCUGGUGGCAGUGGUGUUAAGCCAUUUAGCUCAGGCAGAAACGCAUUCCGCUUCCUCUUGAAGCGGAAAAACGCGGAGGAAGACCCUGAGACGCGUUCUAUCGUCAUCGACAAGAGUUCCGUGGACAUGUGGGAUUCUGAAGAAAAGCGCGUGGUCAUCUACCCAUGCUCCAACAACGAGCUGCUCAACUUUGUCUGUAUUCAUUCGGACACAUUGAGUACAAUUAACACUUCUUCGGACUGGAACCAGGAGGCCAGCAAAGAGGAGCUACUUGAGACGUUCAAGGAAUUCAACCCCCAGGUCCUGAAGAUCCUGGCCAAAGCUGAUCCCCAGACCUUAAAGGUGUGGCCGUUGCUGGAUAUGGAAACACUGCCGACCUGGGUCAACGGCCGGUUGGCUAUCUUGGGCGAUGCGGCCCAUCCAUUCCUGCCAUAUCGCGCCUCGGGAGGUGCAAUGGCCAUCGAGGACGGCAUCUCGCUGGCCGUCAUGCUGUCUCGGAAUAUCACUCCACAGGAGGUGCCUGAAAGGCUGAAGCUGUACGAGAAAGCCCGCCACACGCGAGCCACCACCAUCCAGCAGAUGACACGAGAGUCUGCGCAGCCGCAACCACAUGGUGAAGCGGAAAGGAUGAUGAACUACAUAUACGGCCAUGACGAGUUCGACCACUCGACCCAAGUCCUGCGCAAGCAUCUCUGGGGCCAGGCUCCAGCCAAAUACUGGCGCCAACCCAUUGUCUUCGGGCCCAUGCCGGGCCCCAGACAAGACUGGUGGGGGCGCAGUCGCGCGCAGAAAUCACUCAAGUCGACAUUCCAGACGGCAUCCAUCCGGUUCAAAACCAGUCGCACGCUUCUCCAAAACCUGCUGCCCAAUGAGCGCUAUUCUUUCACAGACCCCAGCACGGUAGCCUAUGCCAGUUUCUCGCAAACCAAGCUCCAUGGAAUGGACUGGCUUGGCGGCGGCGGAUACCGCCAUCUGGGACUCUACAUCGAAGGCGUGCAGUAUAAGAAGUCUGACGGCGAGAUAGUCAAGGGGAUCUACCUGCCCGUCCUCUUCGAGAAUCUGACCGACCCCAUCGUGAGCGGUCGUGAAGAGCUCGGAAUGCCGAAGCUGUAUACGGCGAUUGAGGCGCACGAGCGUUCCAAUUCGUAUCAUCUCAUGACCAGCUGGCAAGGCGCUGUAUGGGGCCAUUUCCAUCUCGAGGACCUAGAGGAUCAGGACCCUAGCUCGACUCCCCCGCCGAAUGUCGGCAAGGGCGACUUGGUCUAUCGCUACAUGCCGCAGGUCGGACGUACGUACAAAGGACAGCCCGAGGCGGAGUACGCGGUGCUGGUGCCCCAGGAGGAGGAGGCGAAGAAUGUGCCGUCCACGAUCAAGCGAGUCCGGACGACCAAGAACGCCCGCUUCGAGAUCGAUGCUCUCGGCUGGGAGUCGCUGCCGACGCUUCAUCACGUCAUCUCGCGGCUGGCGGAGAUCCCUGUCGAUGAGAUCCUCUCGGCCAAGGUUGUCGACGGGGAGGGGGUAGCGGAUGUGUCGUGUGCCAGACGCAUCGAGUAGCACAGCAACAGCUUCAGUGUACAGCUAGCAUAUCCUGCGUCCAGCUUGAUUCAAGUUAGUUCUGCUAGGACGGCCGGGAUGUUUCGUCAUAAUAUAGUUUCUGACGUCGCCCAUCUCCUGAAGUAAACUCCAUUGGCGGUUGCACCUUCGACCACCUCCCUCCGGCGAGCACAGCAGCAAGGUGUAAAUCGGUGUAGGUUGGUGUCACUGGAAGGCGAAGUCGCGACGCGUUGGCGAUGCGGUCACGUGACCCGCCCUCGUCCAUCCAGACUAGUCCGCUUUUGGAACUCUCCACCGGCAUCCAACAGAAGACUACGAGUUAGUAGUUGGACUUCCUCGCAUCG